GUUGCAGUGUCUCCGCCGGCAACUUUCUAGUCGGAAGCUGUGGCCGGCGAGGGCGGGUUAGGGGACGGACCGGAAGUGCCCGAGUACGGCGGCUGAGAGCUGUGAGCCCGGCCGCUGCCUCCUACCACCAUGUUUCUGGCGCGCCUGACUUCGCUGUUCUCAAGGGCCGUCCCUUGGACAGGACGCAGUCGGCCGUGGCCUGUCUCCGCAGCGCUGGGCAGCCUUGCCUGCCAGCGCCCACACAGUUUGCAGCCUGCAGGCCCGAGCAGGGCGGCCUCCCUUCCUGGCAAGGGGGCCCAGCUGAAGCUUGAGGAGUUGCUGGUCCCCAGGAAGAUGGCCAUCAGUCCCCUGGAGAGCUGGCUGACUGCCCGCUACUUUUUGUCUAAAUUAGAUAUUGGGGCCCCAGCAACUGUGACUCCUGGCCAAUUUUACGAGUGUCCACCUAGCCCAGUGGAGGAGGGGAUCAAGCCGGUGGACAAAGGAGUCUGGGAUACACCGCAGAUGCAGUGCAAAAAUGUACUGAAGAUCCGCCGGAGAAAGAUGAACCACCACAAGUACCGUAAGCUAGUCAAGAGAACUCGGUUCCUACGGCGCAAGGUCCGGGAAGGACGCUUGAAACGGAAGCAGAUAAAGUUUGAGAGAGACUUGAAGCGCAUUUGGCUGAAGGCAGGCCUGAAGGAGGCCCCCUCAGGCUGGCAGACCCCCAAGAUCUAUGUGAAGGACAAAUGAGCCUGGAGUCCUAUUUCUGCACCCAAAUGCUGCUGGUGACCCAUUGUAAUAAACGUUGGGAAGACUCAG